AGUUUUUAUUUCCUGUUUGUAAGGUGUAAGACUGAUCUGCUGCAACAUUUUUGCAGUCUGGACUACUGAAAAAGACCUGUUCACACGCCUCACACACACCUCUCACACACACACGCACACACUCAAGUACAAAGCGUUUAGAUUUUGUCUUGUGUGCCGUUUCAGAAACACAUUCUUCAAAUGCUUACAGGACUACAGUAACCUGGAGUGUAACUCAAGACAUCAGGAAAAAUUGAUCAUAUAAAUAUUUACGUCAUAAACACAAAUCUCUUGAAAGAGCCAGGAGCAUGCUUUAAGUUCUUCUGCAUUUAGAUGGAUAUGAGGGUGCUGUUAAUAUCAGCUCUACUAGGAUUUGUCUCUUACGUCAGAGCAAAAACAGACAGCAAUAUAUGCAUUUCUGUAGAUGCCAAAACAUGUGGAGAGUGUAUUCAGACCGGGCCACAGUGUGUGUGGUGCAAAGAUCCUGAUUUCAAACCUUCACGCUGUGAUGAAAAGGAGUCUUUGCAAAAGGCUGGUUGCUCUCCACUCGGCAUAGAAAACCCUCGAGGAACGGUCACCAUCGACAAGAACAAAGCUGUCACAAACCGUAAAAUGGAGGGAGGAGAGAAUCUGAGGCCUGAAGAUAUCACCCAGAUUCAGCCACAGAAAUUCACCCUGAACCUCAGAUCAGAUGAACCGCAGAAGUUUACUCUCACGUUCAAGAGGGUAGAGGAUCAUCCCAUCGAUCUGUACUUCCUGAUGGACCUCAGUGACUCUAUGCGAAUUAAUCUUGAGAAUGUCAAGAAUCUGGGAGCUGACCUUGCCAGGGAGAUGCGGUACAUCACUAAAGACCUGCGGAUCGGUUUUGGUUCAUUCUUGGAGAAGCUUGCUAUGCCUUUCAUUCUGAUGACGCCAAAGUAUCUGCAGAACCCGUGUUUUCCAAACGACUGCACUGCACCCUUCAGCUACAAAAACGUCCUGAGUUUGACCAACGACAGCACAUUGUUCACCCAAGAAGUCAGCAAACAGAAAACCUCUGGAAACCUGGACUCUCCGGAGGCAGGAUUUGAUGCAAUCAUGCAAGCUGCUGUCUGCACGAAAGAGAUUGGCUGGAGGAAUGUCACUCGUCUCCUCGUGUUUUCCACGGAUGCUGGAUUCCAUUUAGCUGGAGAUGGAAAACUGGGUGGCAUUGUUCGUCCAAAUGAUGGGAAAUGCCAUCUUUCCAAUAAUAUGUACACCAUGAGCAACUACUUUGACUACCCCACCAUCUCUCAGCUGGUAGACACACUGAAUGACAACAACAUUCAGACCAUCUUUGCUGUGACAGAACAAUUCCGGGCUCUUUAUCAGGAGCUCUCUGCUCUAAUCCCUAAAUCAACAGUGGGGACACUGUCUACCUCCUCUACCAAUGUCAUCCAGCUCAUCAUUGAUUCCUAUAAUUCUUUGUCCGAAGAGGUCAUUCUGGAGAACAGCAAUCUACCUGAUGGUGUGUCCAUCUCCUACGUCUCCCACUGCAAGGAUGGAGUGAGCAGAACAGGAGAAAGUGGCCGAACAUGCACCAACAUCUCCAUUGGGGAUGAGGUGAAAUUUGAUAUAGAAAUCACGGCUAAAGGUUGUCCAUCUAAUGGAAAGUCAAAGACGAUAACGAUCAAACCGUUGGGCUCCAACGAGGAGGUGGAGGUUGUCCUCAACUUCAUAUGUGAAUGUGAGUGUCACAAAGACGGAAUCCCAAACAGCCCAUCGUGUUUGGGCUUCGGUGCCCUGGAGUGUGGAGUAUGCAGGUGUAAUGAUGGUCGAUUAGGCAGAUUAUGCGAGUGCAGCGAAGAUGAGGUCCAAAAAGACGAUUUGGAUGCAAAUUGUCGCGUAGAUAAUGGGACAGAGGUCUGCAGCAACAAUGGAGAAUGUGUCUGUGGAACGUGCGAGUGUAAGAAAAGGGACAACCCAGAGGAGAGAUACAGCGGAAGGUUCUGCGAGUGCGACAACUUCAGCUGCGACCGAUCCAACAACAAGCUCUGUGGAGGUCAUGGACGAUGUGAAUGCCGAAGGUGUAUUUGUGAGCCUGACUACACCGGUAGUGCGUGCGACUGCCCUCUGGACACCUCCACCUGUCUGGCCAGUAACAAACGGAUCUGUAAUGGUCGGGGCACCUGCGAGUGUGGCAAGUGUAAAUGUACAGACCCAAAGUUUGAGGGUCCGACCUGUGAAAUCUGCCCAACCUGCCCCAGAAUUUGCAGUGAACACAAGGAUUGUGUUGAGUGCCUACAGUUUGGUAUGGGUAUCAAGAAACAUACAUGUGAGAAAGAAUGCAAAAACUUCACACCUCUUAAAGUAGUGAACAGCAAGGAUGAACUUCCUCGGUCCGACGACCAGACCAACAUCGAUCUCUGCAAAGAGCGGGACGUUGAUGACUGCUGGUUCUACUUCACCUACACUACCAAUAAGGAUGACAAUGACAAGAUUGAGGUUCAAGUGGCUGAAAAAAAAGAGUGUCCCUCUGGCCCUGACAUCAUCCCCAUCGUGGCGGGUGUGGUCGCAGGAAUCGUUCUGAUUGGUUUAGCACUUCUGCUCAUCUGGAAGCUGCUCAUGAUUAUUCACGACCGCAGAGAGUUCGCCAAGUUCGAGAAAGAGAAGAUGAAUGCCAGAUGGGACACGGGUGAGAACCCCAUCUACAAGAGUGCUGUGACAACUGUGGUGAACCCCAAAUAUGAGGGCAAAUGAUGGAUCUUCUCUAUGGCUUAAAGCAGAGGUUCUCAACUGGUAUCGGCUUCUGGAUCAUUGGACCAGAAUACACACUCAGAUGCCAACAAUAAAUGUUAUUUUUCCUUUUUAAUAUUUGAUACAUUUAUUUAUUUUGCAUUUUGCAUUUAGGGUUGUUUUUUCCUUCUUUCCACUUCUCAAUCAAAUGCAUUUUUUGGGCCAUAACCUACCAGGUGAGAACUGAUUUAUAAGCUAGUUUUCUAUUGCUUGUUUUUUUUUUGUUUUUUUUUACAACAUGACUUCUUAUUCUGAAAUACUUUCUAUAAAGCCAAUAAAACAGUGUUGGAUUUUACUAAAUACA